UACCAGGGCCCAUGCACAUAUUGCUCCUGAGAUUUUGCCCCAGACAGAGGGCUCUUCUACACCGCCACACGUAGAGGAGAUUGGAGCAGCAGCAGCUGCAGAUCGAGGGGCGGCUCCACCGCCAGCUCCCGAGAUUCCAGUACCUGAGCCUCCAGCUCCACGGCUAGGGACUGAGGAUCAGGCUAUGAGGGAGGCGGUCCAGCUAUUGACCAGACUUGUGGCGGGACAGGUUCAGGGGCACAGAUUGAGAGGUGAUCGGGCGGAUAGACGUGAUAGUUCGAGAGCCCGUGAGUUCUUGACUUGUGGCCCUCCAGAGUUCUUCGAGACAAAGCCCGAGGAGGAUCAUGAGGAGUUUAUCAGGAAGAUGCGGCGCACCUUACAUUUGAUUAAUGCUUCCGCGACAGAGUCAGUCACGUUGGCUUCGUACCGGUUGUAUGAUGUAGCUGCUAAUUGGUACGAGUCAUGGGAGUUAUCCAGAGGCGACAGCGCUCCCCCAGCAGUUUGGGAUGAUUUUUCUCAGGCUUUUCUUAGCCAUUUUCUGCCUCCGGAAUUACGGCGGGCCAGGGCUGACAGAUUUUUGUUGCUGAGACAGAGGGGUCGCAAUGUCCGAGAGUACAGUCUGGAGUUCGACUCACUGGCCCGAUAUGCACCUGCUGUGGUAGCUACUAUGGCUGACAGGAUGCACAGGUAUAUUAUGGGGCUGGACCGUUAUUUUGUCGACAACUAUUUGGUAUUGGCCGCUCAGCCCGGCAUAGAUAUUGCCCGGAUUCAGGCGCACGCCCAGGGCAUGGAGGACCGGCAUAGGGAGCGUCAGCCUGACAGGAGCCAGGAUCGGAGACAGCCCAAGAGGGCCAGAUCAUCUGGGUAUUCUAGAGAUUUUGGGGGCAGACAGCCUCAACAGCCGCAGCAGUCUAGCAGGUAUCCAUCCCAGCCGGCACAGAGCGCACCUCCACAGCCUACAGGUCGCAGAUUUGAUAGCCCAGGGUAUUCAGGAGCAAGUCAGAGCUCCAGGGCUUCAGGUUCGCGGACAGAUAGGGGUUCUGGUCAGAUGAGGCCAUCUAGGCCUCAGUGUUCUUAUUGUGGCAGAUACCAUCCUGGGGAGUGCUACAGAGCCACCGGUGCAUGUUUUUCUUGUGGCCGUCAGGGCCAUUCUGUGAGAGAUUGCCCGUAUAAGGGUAGUUUGGGUGGUGCAGCGCAGCCUACCGGAUUAGCCGCUAGGUCAUCAUCUUCGUCAGUGGCUAUGCACCCUACAGGGCCGGGUACAUCAGCACCGGCGGGUCGCAGCAGAGGCCGUGGUAGAGCUUCUGGUACUAGUGGUCCUUCGAAUCGCAUUUAUGCUUUGGCCAGCCGAAAGGUAAGUUUAUUUCAUACCUUAAGGUGAAGAAGAUGAUCAGAAAAGGUUACAUUUAUCAUCUGGUUCGGGUACAAGACUUGAAAGCAGAAACGCCGACUCUUCAGUCAGUUCCCAUGGUUAAUGAAUUUCCAGAUGUAUUCCCAGAUGAGCUUCCAGGUCUUCGUCCAGAGAGGGAGAUAGAUUUUACUAUUGAUUUGCUUCCAGAUACUCAGCCUAUAUCUAUUCCCCCGUACAGAAUGGCACCGGCAGAAUUGAAAGAACUGAAAGAGCAGUUGAAGGAUCUGUUAGAAAAAGACUUCAUCAGACCCAGUACUUCACCUUGGGGAGCCCAGGUAUUAUUUGUGCGUAAGAAAGACAGGUCGCUGCGUAUGUGUAUUGAUUAUCGGCAGCUGAAUAAGGUAACCAUAAAGAAUAAAUACCCCCUCCCCAGAAUUGAUGUUUUGUUUGAUCAGUUGCAGGGCGCCAAAUAUUUUUCGAAGAUAGACCUUCGGUCAGGCUAUCACCAGGUACGGGUGCGAGAGGCCGAUAUUCCUAAGACAGCAUUCCGGACCAGAUAUGGGCAUUAUGAAUUCAGAGUUAUGUCUUUUGGGCUGACUAAUGCUCCUGCGGUAUUCAUGGAUUUAAUGAACCGGGUAUUCAGGCCAUUCUUGGAUAUGUUCGUGAUUGUAUUUAUCGAUGAUAUUCUGGUUUACUCUCGGUCCGAGGAAGAACACGCGGAUCAUCUGAGGGCGGUACUUGGGGUACUUCGGCAUCAGAAAUUAUAUGCAAAAUUUUCUAAAUGUGAAUUCUGGCUGGCGUCAGUGGCAUUCUUGGGACACGUUAUUGCAGCUGAUAGCGUCCGGUUGGACACCCAGAAGAUUGAGGCCGUGAAGAAUUGGCCUAGACCCACGACGCCCACAGAGGUACGUAGUUUUCUGGGGUUAGCAGGCUAUUACAGAAGAUUCGUGGAAAAGUUUGCUUCGAUUUCAGCGCCUUUGACAAGGCUAACUCAGAAGGGAGCCAAGUUCCAGUGGACUGAUGCUUGUGAACGAAGCUUCCAGUUGCUGAAAGAGAAGUUGACUACAGCUCCAGUCCUGAUUCUUCCGGAGGGACCAGACGGGUAUGUUAUCUAUUGUGAUGCUUUUGGUGUGGGGUUAGGCUGUGUAUUGAUGCAGCAUGGCAGAGUUAUAGCUUAUGCUUCCCGACAGCUCAAAAAGCAUGAAAAAAAUUAUCCUACCCACGAUCUGGAGCUUGCAGCGGUGAUUCAUGCUCUGAAGAUAUGGAGACACUAUUUAUAUGGCGUUCAUGUUGAUAUCUAUAUAGAUCAUAAGAGUCUCCAGUAUAUUUUUAAGCAGAAAGAGCUUAAUUUGCGGCAGCGGAGGUGGCUGGAGCUCCUGAAAGACUACGAUGUGGAUAUUAUGCAUCAUCCAGGCAAGGCUAAUGUUGUUGCAGAUGCGCUUAGCCGGAAAUCUAUGGGCAGCUUAGCAGAUUUACAGCCAGACAGGAGAGAGAUAGUACGUGAUAUUCAUCAGUUGGCUAAUCUCGGGGUUCGUCUGGCCGAUUCUGGAGAUACGCGGAUUUCUGUCUGAGGGGUUUUUGAAUCAUCUAUUAAGGAAAAUAUUAAGCGGCACCAAUAUGAAGAUCCUGUUUUAGCUCGGUACAGAGACACAACCCAUGAAAAGGAGAAGACUCCGUUCGAGUUUACACCGGACGGAACAUUACUAUACAGAGGCAGGUUGUAUGUACCUGAUAUUGCAGGGCUACGGUAGCAGGUUAUGAGCGAGGCACAUUAUGCUCGCUAUUCUGUUCAUCCUGGGUCUACGAAGAUGUACCAUGAUCUUAGAUGCCUAUACUGGUGGGAUGGCAUGAAACGGGAUAUCGCAGGGUUCGUCGCCCAGUGCCCAAAUUGUCAGCAGGUCAAAAUUGAACACCAGAAGCCAGGUGGACUGUUGCAGGAAAUGGAAAUUCCGACAUGGAAGUGGGAAAUAAUUAAAAUGGACUUCAUUACAGGUUUGCCUCGCACUCCACGGAAGUAUGAUUGCAUCUGGGUUAUUGUUGAUAGGCUGACAAAAUCAGCCCAUUUUCUCCCCGUCAAAAUUACUUAUUCCGCUGAGGAUUAUGCCAGGCUUUAUAUUAAAGAAAUUGUGCGACUUCACGGAGUUCCUAUAUCUAUUAUCACGGACAGAAGCGCCCCGUUUACGGCGAACUUCUGGAGAUCUUUUCAGGAGGGAUUAGGGACUCAGGCGAGUCUGAGCACAACAUUUCAUCCUCAGAGCGACAGACAGGCCGAGCGCACUAGACAGACACUGGAAGAUAUGUUACGGGCCUGUGUUAUUGAUUUCAGAGGUAGCUGGGAUGAUCACUUGCCAUUGAUUGAAUUUUCUUAUAAUAACAGUUACCAUUCUAGUAUCCAGAUGGCUCCGUACGAGGCUUUGUAUGGCAGGAAAUGCAGGUCACCUAUCGGCUGGUUCGAUAUUUUGGUGAGACAGAAUUAAUUGGCCCAGAUAUGAUCCAGCAGGCAGUUGAUAAGGUGAAACUUAUCCGGGAGCGACUAUUGGCAGCCCAGAGUCGACAGAAAUCAUACGUUGAUAAACGGCAUCGUCCUUUGGAAUUCCAGGUUGGUGAUUGGUUAUUUCUGAAGGUAUCGCCUAUGAAAGGCGUAAUGCGAUUCGGUAAAAAAGGUAAGCUUAGUCCGCGUUACAUCGGGCCUUAUCUGAUUGUUCGGAAAAUUGGAAAUAUUGCCUAUGAACUAGAUCUGCCAUCUGAUUUGGGAGCGGUAAAUCCGGUAUUUCAUGUGUCCAUGCUCCGCAAAUGUAUUGGUGAUCCCUCCAGAAUAUUUCCAGCAGAUGAUAUUCAGGUAACGGAGGAACUAUCAUAUGAUGAGCAACCUGUAGCCAUUUUGGAUCGCCAUGUAAGAAGAUUGCGGAAUAAAGAUGUAGCUUCCGUCAAGGUGCUGUGGCAAAACAAUAACAGGGAGGAAAUGACCUGGGAAGCCGAAGAGGAGAUGAAGAAGAAAUAUCCUCAUCUGUUCCCUAUGCCCACAGUUGUUUUUGAAGAAGGAGCAUUUGGUUCCUCAAUUUGAUCAAAUAUUCAAGUGAAGAAGACUAAGGGAAAAGAUUUUAGACGAAACGGGGAUCGAAUUUGGAAAGGCGUAAGGAGCACAUAAGGUACUGACGACAGGUUUGCUGACCCGCCCGUCUAGGAUAUCUUUUCUGCCAUUUGGAGCGCUCUUUUAUCCAGAGCCCAUCUUUUGCAUGCAAAGUGGGCCUGGUCGAAACCAAAUCUAUUGGGCUCAGGCCCAACGGGCCAUUUCUUUUAAAAUACAUCGAGUCUUAUGAAAGGAAAUGAAAGCAAAUAUUGUAGAUCGCAUGAAGGCCCAACCAUGGGUGAAAAUGGUUAAAUAGGGGCUUAGUACGCCCCUAGCCUAACUUACCUUUACCUUAUGAAUUUACAUCUCAAGGGUGUAUUGUAUUUGUCAUGUUUGUAAACAACACAUUAUUAGUGGAAUCCUUUAUGGUUGAACUAGAUAUCUGAGG